AAUACAAAUGAACAGAAUGCGUUAACCCUAAACAAACCCUAAAACAUGGCCUUCUCACGUAUGAUUUUGGCAGCCAUUUUCAUGAUCUUAAUUUCGGAUUCAACUGCGAAAACCAACGACUUAGUCCACGAUAUAUGUAGUGCAACAGCAAGUUCAUCAAUAAAAUUUGAAGAUUGCGCCAGUGCUCUUGAAUCAGACCCAAGAACACCAAAAGCAGAUUUGAAACUUCUUGCAAAAAUAACAAUGGAGUUAGGCAUAUCAAAUUCAACAAAUACAGAGUCUUUGAUCAAGAACAUGGCGAGCAAUGUUACAACUCCUGAAACUCUGAGAAAGCCGUUGAAGGAAUGCUUGGAGAGUUACGUGAAUUUAAUAGCGUCAUUCAAAGGUGCGCUUACAGAGCUUGAUGUAGAUCCUAUGAGCGCUAACUAUGAUGUGAAGAUGGUUGGUGAUUAUGCUUUGUACUGUGAAAAUGCAUUGACGAGAGAAAAGGCUAAAAUUGGAGCUGUUUCCAUUAGAAAUAGUUAUGCUAUGCUUUAUAGUUCUAUUGGAUAUGUCAUCACUGCUCGUCUUCAAUAACUUAUUACGUCAUCUUAUUUAAAGUCGCCAUGGAAUUGUUUGCAUACUCGUCAUCUGAAUAAUCGUUUUUUGUGUAUUUUAGUAGUCAAAUUUUAAUUUGUUUCAAUUUGGUUAUUAAUUUUUUUAAUUUGAUUGCUAAUUGAAUUUUAUUUCAACAUUAA